AUGCGGAAGUAAAUCUUCGAGCGGGUUUGUUUUGUUCGUGACCACCAUUCUUUCCUAGUGGACGAAACCAUACUAGCUGAAUAGUAAACUCUCAGUCCACUGAAAUAUGUCUAAACUACAGUCGUUUCGUGCGUUCUUAAACGAGCGUUUAACAGCGGCUGCUGUGGAGAUUUUUGGGGCAGUUGAGCAAACGGUAGUGGACUACCAGGAGGAGAAUGAUCGGCUACGGAGACUGCUGCGGAUCACACCGGAGAUAAAUCGAUGCAGAAUAGACUCCCUGCAGCUCUCUCUCGCUGUCUCUGAAGAGGAGGUUACCCCUGAUCAGCAGCACUGUGAGCAGGAGUGGAGCCCCAGUCUGGGGCAGGAGAACCCAGAACUUCCACAGAUUAAAGAGGAACAAGAGGAACUGAGGACCACUCAGGAGGAAGAGCAGCGUCAAGGGCUGGAGGCUGAUAUCAUAGAGUUCAAAUUCACUCCUUCCUGUGUGAAAAGUGAAUGUGAUCAGGAGGACCCACUUCAGCCCUUGACUCUUCCCCAAACCCAGACUGUGGAGAACAGAGAGAGGGACCCUAAACAAGUGGAUCUCACACCUUUUGUUACUGUGACCCACCUUAAGGGUCUCUACAGUCCCUGUCACCCUCCAGAUAAUCAAAACAAUGCCUCCAGCCACAGCUCAGCCGUAAGCAUAAACCCAGUAGGACUUGACAGCAGCCCACCAUUGGAUCCCAGCUCAUCAUUGGGGGAACACUGUUUCAAACCCAGCACCAUGUCUAGAAAAACUCACCGCUGCCGUGACUGUGGUGAAAUGUUUGUUCUGAAAACGGACCUGCAGAGGCAUGUGACUCUCCCCAUGCAGAGAGCCAAUGAAUGCCGCUUCUGCAAAAAACGCUACAACUCCACCUGUAAACUGAAGGCCCAUGUCCGACUCUGUCGCGGUAGGAAACCCUGCACCUGCCCUAUUUGUAGCAAGACCGUCAAACUCAAAGGAGAUCUGUCCAAGCACAUGAGGAUUCACACAGGGGAGAAAUCAUUCAGUUGUGGUUACUGUGGGAAGCACUUCAAUCGCAAGGGGAACCUAACCGAUCAUAUUCCGAUUCACACAGGAGAGAAAGCAUUUAGCUGUGGUGACUGCGGGAAAAGAUUCAGUCAGAAGGGGACCCUAAGGAAGCAUAAACUGACUCACACAGGAGAGAAACCAUUUAUCUGUGGAGACUGUGGGAAAAGCUUCUAUCAGAAGGGAGACCUAAGUAGGCAUAUACGGACUCACACAGGAGAGAAACUCUUUAUCUGUGGUGAUUGUGGGAAAAGCUUCAAUUUGAAGGGGAACCUAAAGAAGCAUGAACUGACUCACACAGAAGAUAAACCAUUUAGCUGUGAUGACUGUGGGAAAAGCUUCAAUCACAAGUCUAACUUACUGACGCAUGUGAAAAACAUCCACAAAGGAGGAAAACAGGAUGAAAACUGAAAGAAAUAAAAAUUAGGACAAAGAUCUAUUUAGUCACAAGAUGAGAAUAAAAAGGCAGAAUGUGGACAAUACUCUGAGUACACGCUCAUAGACUCACAUCCAGUGGUUGGUGGAGGACGAUAAGAUGAUACCUCUCCCAGGGACCUGCUCUCCAUGCUUCAGGAUGACAGUUUCUCUGGUCUCGGAUCUGUUCUAUUGAUAACCUGCUGUUUCUCUCCACAGGUGCUCUCUGCGUCUACAUGGAGGGCCUAUCUACUUUAAAUCUGUCUGGAGGGAGAGAUAGCGGUCACAGAAUGAGGCUUCUAGUCUCUCAACACUCUCAGAGGCUUUUUAGAGGAAAAUGCUACCUUUUCAGGUCAUGUCACAAGUCUGACAGUGGCACUUCUCAUAAACUCAGUGCUGACACUUUUCCUUUCUAACCACUAGAUGGCACUGUUGGAGAUGUGAUCCCUAUCACAGUGUCUGUUUUAAACACUGUGUUCUUGCCCAUUUACUAAACCCUGUCUUAGUUACCCAUUACUAAACACAUUUAAACAACACACACACACACUGUAUUACAGCUACACAGGACCAUGCUAAACUGAACCAGACAUGACUGUCCCGUCUUGGACUGGAUUGACCAUAAGGCAGGUAGCUUAGUGGGUAAGAGCGUUGUGCCAGUAACCGAAAGGUCGCUGGUUCUAAUCCCCGAGC